GGAAGCGGAAGCGGCGUGGGCGCAGGCGCGGUGUGAGCCCGGGCCGAGGGGAGGGAGGCGCCCGCCAUGGAGUCGCGGGGGGAACCGAAGCCGCCGAACAGGAUGAACCAGGGCAACUCCAACCCCGCUGCCAUUCCCCACGCUGCCGAGGACAUCCAGGGGGAUGACAGGUGGAUGUCACAGCACAACCGCUUCCUCUCGGACUGCAAAGACAAGGAGCCCGACGUGCUCUUCGUGGGUGACUCCAUGGUGCAGCUGCUGCAGCAGUAUGAGAUCUGGCGGGAGCUCUUCUCGCCGCUUCACGCCUUGAACUUUGGGAUUGGAGGAGACACCACGGGACAUGUCCUGUGGAGGCUGAAGAAUGGAGAACUGGAGAACAUUAAACCCAAGGUCAUCGUUGUUUGGGUCGGCACAAACAACCACUACAACACAGCAGAGGAGGUGGCGGGAGGGAUCGAGGCCAUCGUGCGCCUCAUCAACACCCAGCAGCCACAGGCCAAAGUCAUCGUGCUGGGCCUGCUACCUCGUGGGGAGAAGCCCAACCCUCUGCGGCAGAAGAACGCCCAGGUGAACCACCUGCUGAAAGCCUCCCUGCCCAAGCUGCCCAACGUCCAGCUGCUGGAUGUGGACGCCGGGUUCGUGCACUCGGACGGCACCAUCUCCUACCACGACAUGUUCGACUUCCUGCACCUCACCGGGGGGGGCUAUGCAAAGAUCUGCAAACCCCUCCACGAACUCAUCAUGCAGCUGCUGGAGGAGACCCCCGAGGAGAAGAGAGCUGCCCUGGCCUGAGCGGCCGCUGCCGGCGUCACCCAGCCCAUCAGAUCAGUUCUGUCACUGGCACUACAGAAUCCUUCUUUCUUAAAGCACUUUCCAUUGUAGAGUGUUCCCGGAUGGUGGUCCCUAGUGUUUUGAGGGGGAAGGCUGAUGUCUAACUGGUCUUGUACCUACCAGGGCCAGCUCGGUUGGUUUUAUUGCAGGAGGGAAUUAGCUGAAGAAGAGUUUUACUUUUAAACCAUUCCUCAUUGAAAGCAAGAACAGGACUGUCACUCACCCCAUGCCCCUCUCCUCUCGUGUUGCUCUGUGGUUUGUCCUAGCACCCCGUAGUCUCCCAGGGCUGCACCUCCCCGGCGGGAGGGAUCGUGCUCCACGUGUUAGCCUCUCAACAAGAAUCACAUUCCACUGGCAGAAGCCACAACAGAUGCAUUUUUCCAGACUCGGUCCCACCUUUUAAAUCUCUUUUUUUUUUUGGUUGGUUUGGUUUGUUUUGUUCUCCUGGGGAGGGUUUCAGUGUUGCUUUCUCACUCCUUCUUUCUGAAGCAGCGUGAAACUGGAAUUGAGACAUGAAAAGAAACAAGCGGUUACCCAGACCACUGGAACUCUGUUCCUGUGCUCCUUUCACCAUGCCCACUGGCCGGGGCACCUUCCCUCUUUCCCUGCCUCCCAUGUAGCUUUCCCAGAGGCAGUUUUGUCCCCGUGGCUGUCCUGUUCUCUGCUCCUGUCCCUGCAGGGUGUCGCUGGCUUUUAGCAGUUGCUCAGUUCAGGGUUUUAAUUGCUCAGCCAGCACGGCACGAGGCUGUUGCUCCCUGGCUGCCAUUCCCGUGCUACGGGGCUCUCUGCACUGCUCCUCCUUUUUGUUUUUGUUUAUUUUUUUUUUAAUUAUGACUGUUACAUCCUUUUUUUUUCUAAAGGAAACCCACACAAGCAGCCCCUGCCUGCAAAGCCUGAAUCACUGAAGCUUUACAGAUGCCAAGGUGUAUAUUUCCUUAUCGCUUCUCUUUUACUUGUGUAAACGUUUUAUUUGAGCUACUCCAGCCUCUUUCACUAUGAAGCCAAGUCAAGGUGCAGCCUUUCCUGCCCUGGCUGCUGCUCCUUGCCUCUAGCUAAAGGAGACAGAGGGUCAGGUGCCCUCCUGGGAUUUGUUUGUUUUUGUGGCCGGUUGUAGUCUGCUAAUGAUCAUACAAAGACAGCAGUUUUGUUUAGAAGUGAAAGUUUCUCUUUUGUUUUUUCAGAUAGAAACUGGUUGGGACCUGAAAGGCAGAGCCCCUGGUGAAUAGAUACACUUGCAAAUAAAACCCUUUCAAACCAAGUCUGUUCCUCCCUGGCUUACCUGCUGCAGGGGGAGCCCGGUGGUGCUGCCCGGACCUGACCCGCUCCCGGGCAGGUAAAUCCCAGAGGAACAGAUGGGUUUCCCACCCACUGAGGGGUUCUCGGGUUGGUUGCAGUGAAGUCCAUAGGUACUGUACGUAGUCUGUCAGCCCUCAGUGACCAGCAGGAGGGUGCUGUAGGUUUUAGGCAGGCUGUCACCUCACGCUGAGGGGUUCCGUCACGUCCCCGUUCCCGUCCCCGCUCCCGUAGGUGUGACCAUAGCAGGGUCUCCGCCUGGAUUGCAUGUGUAGGCUGUGUUUUGUUGCCAGUGUAUGUGAUCUACACAGAGAGGAAGGAAGGAUGAGGCAUUCUGCUUACCAGGAUCAGAAGUAGAAAGCUGGGGAGGGAGGCAGCAGAGGAGGGGUUGAAGUCCUGACCAGGGAUGUGUUGCUCACUCUGCUGCUGAGCUGCUCACUGGAGGAGUUGGGGCCAGGGGGAGUGCAAGACCAACUUAAAAAUAAUGCUGUGGGGGAGGAUUCCUGGGAAAAGGCCUGAUCCCCCCCCAGCACCCAUCGGGGAGGCGGCAGGAAGGGCUCCUCUCCACCCUGGCUCCAGCUCUGCUGGCAGCCAGAACCCAUCCUGCUCACAGCUCCAGGGCUUGGUGGGGCAGUGGGGAAGGAUUCUACCCCCUCACUCACCUGCUGCUAAAAUCCAGCACUGCAUGUCCAGACGUGUAGAACAGCUUUGGUUGCAGGCCUGGGCAGCCAGUGUCAGUGAAGAGCCUGGUUCCAUGGGGCAGCUCUGUCUGCCAUCUACCUGUGUGGGCACUGCCAGCUUCGUGUUAUUGCAGCAGAGAGAAAAGAAAGAAGUGUGAAAGGACAGAAAGUCUCCUAACCUGCCGGGAAUGAUGACCGCAGGGUGGGAGCUGCCAGGAGAAGAGCCCCUGCCCUGUGUGAAACGGGGUCACAGUCCCCCUUCCCUACGCUGCCCUCUCAUUGCCCCAAACCUUCCCCGGGCCGAAAAAUCAUGAAUAUUCUGCUUUGGCAAAAAUGCAUCGGCUGGUAGAGCUCACUCUGUUAGUGCAUAUCGCGAUAUAAAUGUCGAUGUUUCA